AUGGCUAUGAGUUCUUUUUUGAUCAACUCAAACUAUGUCGACCCCAAGUUCCCUCCGUGCGAGGAAUAUUCACAGAGCGAUUACCUCCCCAGCGACCACUCGCCGGGGUACUACGCCGGCGGCCAGAGGCGAGAGAGCAGCUUCCAGCCGGAGGCGGGCUUCGGGCGGCGCGCGGCGUGCACCGUGCAGCGCUACGCGGCCUGCCGGGACCCGGGGCCCCCGCCGCCGCCCCCGCCGCCCCCGCCGCCGCCCGGGCUGUCCCCUAGGGCUCCUGCGCCGCCGCCCUCCGGGGCCCUCCUCCCGGAACCUGGCCAGCGCUGCGAGGCGGUCAGCAGCAGCCCCCCGCCGCCUCCCUGCGCCCAGAACCCCCUGCACCCCAGCCCGUCCCACUCCGCGUGCAAAGAGCCCGUCGUCUACCCCUGGAUGCGCAAAGUUCACGUGAGCACGGUAAACCCCAAUUACGCCGGCGGGGAGCCCAAGCGCUCUCGGACCGCCUACACCCGCCAGCAGGUCCUGGAGCUGGAGAAGGAGUUCCACUACAACCGCUACCUGACGCGGCGUCGGCGGGUGGAGAUCGCCCACGCGCUCUGCCUGUCUGAGCGCCAGAUCAAGAUCUGGUUCCAGAACCGGCGCAUGAAGUGGAAGAAGGACCACAAACUGCCCAACACCAAGAUCCGUUCUGGCGGCACUGCAGGCUCCGCAGGAGGGCCCCCGAGCCGGCCCAACGGAGGCCCCCCCACGCUCUAG